CGACAACGACACCAGUCGACGCAAUUUUAUCCGGCUCAUUUUGACGUUUGUCAACAAAGCGUCGAUCUACGUGGAUGACGUUUUCUUUUUUGACAACAUGGCACAACCGCAAGUAAAUCAACAAGCUCGACCAUGGGAUCCUAAAUUCACACACGCGGAUAGGGAAAGAUGGGUGUGUAUAUAUCCAGCAUAUAUCAAUUCUAAGAAAACUGUAAAGGAAGGAAGAAGGAUUCCAAAAGAAAAGUGUGUAGAUAACCCAUUAUACACAGAAAUCAGAGAUGUUUGCUUAAGUGCUGGAUUGAUAGUUGGCGUAGAGAACAAGACAUACUGCCGGGAGCUGGAGCAUAAGGAUGUGAAAUACAGAGGCAGAAUAAGGGUGCAACUGAAAAAUGAAGAUGGAUCAAUUAAAGACCCCAAAUUCCCCACUAGAGACUCCAUCAUGCUUUAUGUUGGCGAGACUAUUCCUAAAUUGAAAACCAGGCAAGGUGCUGGUGCAAGCAGUCAGUCCAAUACACAGCAACAACAAGGUGCCAAGGGGCAGAAGAAAAAGGGCCGGAAGGGAAAAUGAAUAAAUCAUGCAAACUUCAAUUGACAGUUGCACCUUAUUUGAAAUGAUGAGUUGAAGACAAAUAGUUAAGAUCUUGGUUCGCAAGGCAAGAACUGGUUUUAAAAGGCAUCUGAGGGACAUUUAUUUUGACCUUCAUCGUAUAUACUCAAAAAUAAGGCCAAUGCAAAUCGAUAUGUUGUUUUACAGAAAUUUGCCCCUGUACUUUGGAGCAAGUGGGCAUGAUAAAUAUAUAAAUAGUUUACUGCCAUUUGUGAUAUAAUAAGACUAGAGUGCAAGGUGUAAAAUAACAGAAGUUAUUGUUUACAUUUUUGUUGAACAUUUCUGUGAAAUGCAUUCAGCUCAUUCAAUGCUGCCAUUCUGUACUCUUUAGUUUAACAACAAAGUAAGUAUUGAGAAGAUUUUAUAUUGAAGUGAGUGUCUUCUAGAGAUGUAUUCAAGUUUAUUGUUGGUUUAUUUUUGGUUUUUGCCACCUCAUGUUUUCCUUUUACCAUUGCAACAACAUCAACAUGAAUCAAAGCUAUGGUGAAAUUCCUAAAUAAAAAAUGUUUAUUUAUUUUAGCUAAGUAACAUUCCCAAAAACUUUUGGCCUAAGCAAAGGUUUUAGUCGGACACAUUUUUAUUCCCUGAUUAAGCAGGAAUGUACUUGCAAAAACUACUAGGAUAUAGAUACUUUUUGUCUAUUUUUAAUAAAUAAUAUUUCAUGUUGAAAAUGGCAUCUGGAUAGUGUUUUCAUAAGUAACACAAUGAUGCAUUUAUAAUAAGAAUUGCCACAUUGUUGUUUAAAAUAAUUAAACAAGAAUAAAGUUGACUGAUCUUCAAAAAGUUAAA